UUGUUGAGGUUUGUGUCUCUUCUUCUGCAGCCUCUCUGGAGCGUGUCAUUUCAAGUCCCGCUCUGGCUCUUAAUAACACGCCUGGGAGCCUCAUGAUCAUGACUAAGAAGUGAAGAAAACGAGAGAAACGUCCAGCCCCUCUGAAGAUUUCCUGUUUAAAGACUCCUUCUUCCCUGAGUCAUACGCACGUCCAGUCUGCCGUGUUGACUCUGAGUUCUGAGUUUGGAGAGCAACAGGCGGAGGACCCGAGGAGAAACAGUCAGAUAUUCAGCGCUGUCUGAGCUUCAAGGCAAAUUCAUGAGACAAACGAGUGUACAGCACGUUUCCACAUGGACAUACUGCGCUUUUCCGCGUUUUGGUGCGGGACGAUACUUUUUAGUUGUUUUCUGCUCGGGCAAAGCGAGGGCACUAUGCUAAAGAUCAAGCGCCUGUGUAAGUUCUGUGACGUGCGGCAGACCCGGUGUCAGGGCAAAGGCAGCUGUAAAGUGGACUGUGAGAUCACCUCCAUCUGCCCCAAUGACAGCGACAUCUGUGUCACUAUCUGGAGGAAGAACGAGGAUAAUGUGACUUUUGACACAAUCUGUCACAACCCUGAGGUGAAACUUCACGGGCUGCGACUGGACGACUACAACAACAGUAAAUGUGAGAUGAGAGAGAGGAGCGGACAGGGCUCAGACUUCUACAUCUGCUCCUGCUCCGAGGACGAGUGCAACGAGCAUGUUUUCUUCAACGGCAACUCUCUGGACUCCCCAGUGGUGGCUGUGGUCCUGGUCAGCCUGGUCCCUCUCUUUGUCAUGGCCGUUUUCGUCGUCACCUCCUUUUACUUUUACCGAGUUUACCGCCAACGCAGAGCCAACUCCCGACGCAAGAAAGGUGCUCCUCUGGACAGCGACGCUCACGCAAUCAUGAUCGACGACGAGGGAUCGGACAGUAGCUCCACGCACGCUAACAACCUCAACCAUAACACCGAACUUCUCCCGAUUGCGCUGGAUGCCCUCGUUGGGAAAGGUCGAUUCGCCGAAGUCUACAGAGCCAAGCUAAAACAAGGCUCUUCGGUGAGCGAGGAGCAAGGAUUCGAAACUGUCGCGGUCAAAAUAUUUCCUUAUGAGGAGUAUGCGUCAUGGAAAAACGAAAAAGAUAUAUUUUCUGAUGCAGAUUUGCGACAUGAAAACGUGUUGCACUUUUUGACAGCGGAAGAGAGGAAAGUGCAAAGACAGUAUUGGAUCAUAACGGCUUAUCACGGCAAAGGGAAUCUCCAAGACUUUCUGACGCAUCAUGUGAUCAGCUGGCACGAUCUUUGGCUUUUAGGAGGGUCGUUAGCCCAAGGAGUGGCACAUCUCCAUAGCGACCAUACAAGCUGCGGACGGAACAAGAUCCCCAUCGCCCAUCGGGACAUUAAGAGUUCCAACAUCCUGGUGAAGAGUGGCUUGAGCUGCUGCCUGUGUGACUUCGGCCUGGCUCUGAGACUAGACAGUUCUUUGUCUGUGGAUGAGCUGGCCAACAGUGGACAGGUGGGAACAGCACGGUACAUGGCUCCAGAGGUGUUGGAGUCAAGGAUCAACUUAGAAAAUAUCGAGUCUUUUAAACAGGCCGAUGUGUACUCUAUGGCUCUAGUGCUGUGGGAAAUCACGUCCAGGUGCAGUGCCAUUGGAGAGGUGAAGGAGUACGAGCCGCCUUUUGGGAACCUGCGUGAGCAUCCCUGUGUGGAGAGUAUGAAGGACAGCGUGCUCAGGGACAGAGGACGUCCCGAAAUCCCAAACACAUGGACCAACCACACAGGCAUCCAGCUCAUCUGCUCCUCCAUCCAGGACUGUUGGGACCACGACCCGGAGGCGCGGCUCACGGCUCACUGUGUGUCCGAGCGCUUCAGUGAGAUGGAAUACCUGGACAAACUCUCCGGGCGCUCCAAUUCAGAGGAGAAGAUCCCUGAGGAGAUCUGUGUGGGAGACCUCAAGUAGAAACACCGCCACCUACAGGCCAGGGACGGGACUGUUUUUUGUUUUUUUACUGGGAGAUUUUAUUGCAGACUGAAAUGAGAGAAAAAGUACAAUGUUGAACAAAAAUGGGAUCAAUAUCUUCUUUCAACAGACUUAGCAUUCAGGGUGUACACAUUUCAAUAAAGCUUUUAAACUAAGCACUUUAUUCAUAGUCCACAUCAAGGAAUUAGGAAGUACGGUUUUGCAGUAUUGUGGAAAGGCCAAUUAAAUGUAUUUCAGAAGUUCACACAGUAUUUAUUCAGUGCACUUGUAUAACAGAAUUUUGCCUUUUGUUGCAGUUUGGAGAAACAUAGCUAUUUUAAAGCUACCACCUGUAAUUAGAUUGGUAGACCCACCCCUGUUGUAUUCUCACAUAUCACCUCUAGAUGCUAAGACCAGAGAGCACAGGUGAGCUUCAACAAAGGCCAGGUGAGGGAAGGAGGAGGGGCUAGGUGAGGGGAGGGGGGAGCAGGUUUCACGUCUGCCAUCUACUGGUGAAAAAAAUUUAAUUAACUUACAGAUAGCAGCUUUAAAUCUGGAAGUAAUACACACAAUGUUUACUAAUUUACAAGAAUACAUUUACAUAUAUUUCUGUAUUUUAGCAACUAUUAAAUAUAAUUAUCCCUAUUCAAUUAAUAAUAGGUGAGUUGGAUUGACUUUAUUCACAUUAUCCCAGAAGUUGACAUGGGCGCCUCCAUUAUCAUCCAGGUUGUGUUAUUUUGUAUGAGGCUGCCGAUCUUGAUCUUGUGUUGAUUUGUUGGAGCACAUGAACAUAGAACAUUUUACACAAAUCAGUCUACUUUAUAUCAGAUUGUAGCAGCGAAACUUCACAAUUUUUCCAUUUAAAUGAGGAAAAAGUGUGGGGGGCAGAAUGAGGUCAGUACCAUGAUGGAUUAGUGUUGAAAUGAUUGUCAGUUCUUGGCUUUCAGGCUAUGGCAAAGGUCCUCUAUGGCCCUGUGAAUUCAACUACUGAAAUAAAUCGCCUUUUUCCACAAUAUUCAAUUUUUUGAUGUAGGAGUUAAUAUCUAUGCACACCAAAUAAUAUAUAACUGUAUUAUGUGCCUUUUAUCCUUUCAUUCAGGUAAUUACUUUUUAUGUAGGAAAUUGUAAAUAUAAUUAUAAAAUACUAAUAUUUGUAUGUAUUCAACCCAGCUUGUGUUUUGCUUUCCGGAUUUUGCAGCAGCAGUGACCUUGUUUUAUUGCGAGUAAAUGUAAAAUGAUUCAUCAACCGGGAACUCAAAGGAGCAAUUUCCAAACACUCGCCAGAAGGAAAGACUGAAUACAAUGAGUGACUAUAUGUGUUAUUGUGGAUACACACUGGUGGGUUAAUCACCACACCUGCGUUACAGAGAAAUGUAACACAGGACUCUUAACUGGAAGUCACAGUCCAAUGUCAAAAUGCACCAAAGAUUUACAGACAUUUUUAUACUGUGUAAUUCAAUGGAUUUCUUAUACUAAGCUCAGUGUUGUAAAUAAAGUGUUUAACUAUUGUG